GGGAGUUUGAGGAUAAGGAACCAAAACUACAGAAAAGGAAACAGCCCUCCUCCUCUUCAGCAAGCAGAAAAGUUUGUGUUAGCAUAUCAAGGCCAACAUCAUGUGAUCUGGAAAGUUUUCUAAGCUGAAACCGCACUGUGGUUUGGUUCAGUCUCGUUCAGCAGGUGAACAAAAUCCAUCGACUGAUUCCGAGACGCAAGCUGAUUAUUUUACAAUGAUUUUUUUAAUCACUAGUCGCCUUCAUUUGUCCUGUAGUCUUAUUUGUUUGCUACUAGGUUGUGAGUAUGCAGAAAGUGUAUUGGCCAAAGUUGGGACGGAUGUUUCUUUAACAUGCAAUUAUGAUGCUCGGCGCUACGGCAGGCUUUCUGCAUGCUGGGGCCGAGGGGCCAUCCCCAACAGUGGCUGUGCCAAUGAAGUGCUCAAGACAGACGGGACCUCAGUUAUCAGCAGACUGUCCGAGCGUUACCUGCUUAUGGGUAACACUGGUGAAGGUGAUGUGUCGUUGACCAUUAGACAUGUUGUGGAGAAAGACUCAGGGACAUACGGCUGUCGUGUGGAUAUCCCAGGCUGGUUUAAUGAUCAGAAACAAGAGGUGACCCUGUCGGUGGUGCCAGGUCCUCCUAAUCCAGUGAGAGUGGAGAUGCAAGAGGUGAAAGAAAGGACCAUCACUGUUCGCUGGACUCCUGUGUUUGAUGGCGGCAAGCCCAUCACAUCCUAUGUGAUCGAUCUCAAGAACAAACAGGCAUCAUGGGAUACCACAUUCAGAACUCCAGUAUCGAAUCCUGAUCUGACUCAGGUCACAUUGGUGGAUUUGCGUCCAGCCAAGGCCUACAACCUCCGCAUGUUUGCUGUCAACAGUGUGGGCAUGAGUGGAUCCAGUAAUGUUCUUACAGUCACAACAAAAGAAGCAGCACCAGAAGGUCCUCCCCUGGAUAUGCAGCUCCAAGCCCUCAGUCCUCAAAGUAUCAAAGUCACUUGGAAGCCUCCAAGGGCUGAUCUCAGAAAUGGGGUUCUGCGGAGUUACACCAUCAGCUACAGAGAGUACGACCCUGCAAGCAGACUUUUCAGACGGUGGCAGCACCAAACCGUGGCAGCCACAAGGGAAAUAGAGAGUAUCAUACUGAUUAACCUGAAACCUUCUGCCAAGUAUGGCGUGAUCAUACAGGCCAAAACAAAUGCAGGCAUUGGACCUGCUUCAACUGCUCCCCUUUGCUCUACUCUGGGUGAGAUUCACACAACUUCAGCACCAGCAACAAUGAAGUCUACUUCCCCUGCUGCCACUGUGUGGCUACCAGACAGCACUUCUUCAAGUUUCAUUUCAGUUUACACAACUUCAACAGUUACUGAAGUUGAUACUCUUACUGGUACUGCUACCCCAGAAUGGGGACUAAGUACUACAAGUUUCUCCUCAGGGCGCCCAGAUCCCCCAGUAGUCCAGUUAAGGAAGGUCAAAGAUAAUACCAUUUCCCUUUUUUGGACUCCUGGGUUUGAAGGAAGCAGCCCCAUUACUGGCUAUCUCCUGGAGUAUAAAGCUGUGAACGCCUCAUGGGAUUACACAAAGACAGUUGUAGACUUCAGUCCCAACCAGACAGAGGCCACAAUAAUAGAGAUAAACCCCUCAACUUACAACAUCCGCAUGUUUGCCAAGUCCAGUCUGGGCACCAGUAAAGCCAGCAAUGUCCUCACUGUCACUACUGGAGAAGCAGAUCAUCAAUGGGACGCUCUCUCUACUACUGCACCUACUGACACUCAUUCUGCUGCGAGCGUUGAGGAGGGUCAAAGUGGUCACCUUGUUGCCAUUGUGGUGCCAGUGGUGCUGGUGCUGUUAAUUGUUGCCAUCGUGAUCACAUGGCAGCUUCGACGGAUAAGACAGAGAAAAGGCAGCCUGAACAUGUGGCUGUCCAGUGGAGUAAUAAAGUACAGGGGCUCUGAUUCACUCCAAGAGCUGUAAGACAAGCUACUCUAAACUCUACGAAUCAAUGAAGAAGUUUUUUGGUAAACAGCAAAAGCAGAAGGAAGCAGAAGCAGAAAUCAUAAAAAGCAGAAGUGUACAUUUGUUUAAAUUUUUUAUGUUGUCAAGGAGGAAAGAAUCCAAAUCUGAUAUGAUCUUGUAGUUUUACCUGAUUGAAACGAACCUUUGAAAAAUCUCAUGACAUCUAUUAUUUGCAACUAAACAAAAUUCAAAACAUAGUCAAAUCAUUUUAUGUUUAUAAGACUAGAUGUGUUUCUUUUAUGAUGAUAAACAUCCACAGUGUGUGUUGUUCAUCUGCAUGUAAAGUGCUUGAGCUUAUUGGCUGAAUAAUAUUGUCAUUUUGAUUCAUUACCUGUGUGUCUGUAAGAGGUUUCAACUGUACAAACAAUACAUACGUGAUGAACAGUAUUCUAUUAAUGUUCUGUUGGGAUAACAUUUUGUUGGAACACUUAAAAUUUAAAGUUAUUGCAAUAAAAAAUAAUCUUUU